GCGGCCCGCAGCCACCCAGCGAGGCCGGGCCCAGCGGGACGGCGGGGCGAGGCAAUCAUGGCUCUCUACAACAAUGGGGCUGACGUGCCUUCGCCCCAGGAGGCCUCCAACGGCUUCCCCCAGCCUGGUGCCUCAGGAACGUGGCACAAGGGCGAGGAGGAGGUGAGGCUGGUGGAGCCCAGCAUGGUGAAGAAGGCUCACCGGGAAAUCCUGGACCACGAGCGCAAGCGGCGCGUGGAGCUGAAGUGCAUGGAGCUGCAGGAGAUGAUGGAGGAGCAGGGGUACUCCGAAGAGGAGAUCCGACAGAAAGUGGGGACCUUUCGGCAAAUGCUGAUGGAGAAGGAGGGAGUGCUCACCAGGGAGGACCAGCACGGGCGCCAAAUUGUGAUAGAGAACCACCACGGGGCAGAUGGGGAGGAGUACGAGGUGGAGUACCCUGCCUAUGGAGAGGGCUGCCUGCUGCAGUGUGACUGCUCGGCCGAGUGCUACCGCGAGGACAGCGGCCACCGCGAGUACAGGUUGAAAAGACGCUCGAGCAGCUCCACCUCUCCUCCACCCAAGAAGAAAAAGAAGAAGAAAUCAGGUCACCGCCGGAGCCGCAAAAAGAGGAAACCCGGCUCAGAGCGCAGCUGUGACAGCUCUUCACCCAUCCGCAAGGAAAAGAAGAAGAAGACUGGAAAGAAACACAGACGUGACAGGUCUGAGUCGGGGUCACGAAAAAAGAGAAGACACAGGUCCCGAAGCCCCAAGAACAAACGGAAAGAGAAAAACAAAGAGCGCAAGAGGUCCCGCAGCGAGUCCCCGGCCUGGCGCUCGCACCGCCGCAGCUCCUGCAGCUCCCACAGCGCCUCGCUCUCCUCCGACAGCGGCUCUAAAUCCCCGGGCAGGGUGAGCCCCAAGCGCCGGCAGGAUGGCCCCAAGGGCAGCAGCGCCCGCUCCAGCCGCAGCCCGUCCUCGCCCUCGCCCCAGCGCUCGGCCUCGCCGCACCAGAACGGGCACAAGGGCAGCGCCCAGAACGGCCGCCACAGCCACGGCGCCCCGCUCCCGGAGCCCUCGGAUAGGCCGGCCUCGGCGUCCCCCUCUCCGCGGGCUCACGGCAGGACGGAGCCGCCGUCCCCCCGCACCCGGGGGGGCCGACACGGCGCCCGCAGCCCCCGCUCGCCCACGCCGGAGCGGGCCAAGCACGGCCACCGGCAUCGCUCCCGCAGUGCCUCGCAGCCGUCCCGACACCGCGGCCAGAGCAAGGGGCGGCCCCCGGGCCCCCGGGAGCCGCCGCCGCCGCCGCUCAGCCCCGCCGGCUCCAGCAGCGACUCGGAGGGCUCGGCCGGCUCCCAUCCCUACCACCCGCCCGCCGGGCCCGACAGGAACCACGGCGCGCACGGCAAGAAGGUGAAGGAGCGGCACCACCGGGGCCGGCCCAACAGCAGCUCGGAGUCGUCAGCCAAGCACUCCCGGCACGCCUCGGAGCGGAGGAAGAGCCCGUCCCCCAGCCCGGGCCAGCGCAGCAGCUCCUGGAGCUCCAGCGGCUCCCUGUCCAAGUCCCGCUCCCGCUCCCGGGAGAAGAGAGCAGCACGCAGCCGCUCCCGCUCGCCCUCGCCGAAAAAGCCAGCCAGCAGAGAGAAGGACAACGAGCCCCGAACACGUCACGGUGACCCCGAUCCCGCCCGCCCCCGGCGCCGCUCCAGGAGCUACUCCCCCAUCAGGAAGAGGAGACGCGACUCCCCCAGCUUCAUGGAGCCCAGGAGGAUCACCAGCGCCCGCAAACGUCCCAUCCCCUACUACCGGCCCAGCCCCUCGUCCUCCAGCUCGCUGAGCACCUACUCGUACAGCCGCAGCCGCAGCCGCAGCUACGACAGCUACAGCUCCAGCCGCAGCCGCAGCCGGACUCGCAGCCCCCCCAGCCGCUCCCGCAGCCCCAGCCGCAGCCCCAGCUACAACAGCCGCAGCAGCUCGGAGAGCGCCGGCUUCUGA